AUGAAGUGUGUUAAAAUUUUGUUUACUUUAUGUCUCAUAUUCACCAGCAGUUCGGGGAAGUCGGAGCAGAAGAGAUCCCUAGUUUUCCCACCUACCAGUCUUUACGGGACUUUCCUGGCCAUAGCUGUUCCAAUCGACAUACCCAACAAGAACGUGUUCGUGUCAUAUAACUUCGAGUCCAACUACAGUACGCUGAAUAACAUUACUGAAAUUGAUGAAGUUCUGUUUCCUAAUCUGCCGGUGGUUACAUCUAGACAGAGUCGCAGUAUAUCAAGGGAGCUGACAUACACUGUGCUAGAAAACCGAUUUCAAGAAUACGGUAUGAAAGGCAAGGAGUGCAUGCUGCGUAACAUUUGCGAAGCGGCAGAGACUCCGCUACACCACAACGGCAUUCUAGGACACAUCCUGCACAUUAUAUUCACGCCGUCAUCAUCACGUGAGGAAGGUCUGGAUGACGAGUACUACGAGGCCGAAGCAGCUGGUCACCGCGGCGACUGUGACAAGUACCUGCACGACUGCCCCACCAGCCUCUUCGAUUAUAUCACUAGACUUGUUCAACUGCCGCACUCACAUUAA